CAAUUAUUGCACCAAGUACGACGAGACCACCGGCAUUUGUCCAGACGGAGACGAGUGUCCGUUCUUACAUCGCACUGCAGGGGAUACAGAAAGACGUUAUCAUCUGCGUUACUACAAGACUUGCAUGUGCGUCCAUGACACCGACACGCGUGGAUUUUGCGUGAAGAAUGGACCGCAUUGCGCUUUUGCCCAUGGCAAUCACGAUCUGCGCCCGCCCGUGUACGACAUCAAGGAGAUCCAGGCGCUGGAGAAUCCGGACUCGGAUCCGAACUCCUCGUCCAACGGGCCUAACAUACUCGACAAGGAGCGGAACCUGAUGAACGAGGAUCCCAAAUGGCAGGAUACGAAUUACGUUCUGAGCAAUUACAAGACCGAGCCGUGCAAGAGACCGCCGAGAUUGUGCCGGCAGGGCUACGCCUGCCCGCAGUAUCACAACAGCAAGGAUAAGAGGCGCAGUCCGCGAAAAUAUAAAUAUCGAUCAACACCUUGCCCGAAUGUGAAACACGGCGAGGAAUGGGGCGAACCCGGCAACUGCGAGCAGGGAGACGCCUGUACGUAUUGCCACACACGGACGGAACAGCAAUUUCAUCCGGAAAUCUACAAGUCUACCAAAUGCAACGAUGUUCAACAGGCCGGCUACUGUCCACGCGGAGUCUUUUGCGCCUUCGCGCAUGUUGACCGUGAGUGUACACUCGUCAAUCUGUUGCCAACAGAAGAAAUGAGCCUGGCGAGGGAUAUGGCGGUGCCUAUAGAUUGCGGCGCGAAUCUGGCCGAUAUACUCAGCAACGCUCUUCCACCUGACAAGCGCUCACACGAUAAGGAUAAGCCACUUAGUGAUAGCAGCAAUGGGAGCGGUGAAGUCUCGGAAUCCGCCAGCACCAGUAGUUUGGGCAGCAAUAGUUCACACAGCAAGGCUCCCGGCGCUCAAUUGCAUAAUUCCAAUAAUACCAAUUCCGGCAUGAGCACAGCCGCGCAGCAAAAACUCACCAGCAUACUUUACAAUCCCAGUUCUCUCAUACAAGUUAAUGAAAUUCGUAAGCAAAUGGUUGCAAUUGAUAGCGAUCCAUUGUUAACUAAAGCUGAAAAGGCCCAGCAGAAACAAAGCCUCUAUAUUGCAUACAAUUUGAAUGGAACUUUAGGUAGUCAUUCAUUAGCAACCACUGUUUCACCGCUUUCCAAUUCGUUCUACUCAAAUGACACGGUUGAAUCUGUAGUAGGAAACGCAUUAGACGAGUUACACCUAGACGAUUCGUUAAAUUUAGUCGAUCCAAUUCAUAGGGAUACAAAUUCACCAAUCAACAAUUCUAUAUCGGCAGGCCUAGCUAGCUCUGGUUUACUCGGCAGCUCGGCCCCGGUAAAUAUACCAGGCAUGGCCGAGCGUUCCGUUCUUACGAAUUUUUCGCCAUCAACAUCAAGCCCUUUGCAACAGUUACAGUCUGGUUUUCUUACCGGAUCGAGAUUCUCUCAUCAAGAUUCCAUGGAAUCCACAUUGCCAUUUAUGAAUCAAAUAUCAGAUCCAUUUAGCAAUCACAUUUCGCAACUUAGCAGUUCAGCUUCUAAGCUUAGUGGAUUCAAUAGUAGUUUGUUCGAUUUCGCGAGCCAAGGAAUGUCCCCGUCGCGUACGCAACCCACUCUACCAGCGUCACCAUUGGUCAAUGCAUUUUCCAUUAGUCCAAGUAACACAGGAUCGUUAUCCGAGGUACAAAGGCUCAGAGACGAGUUGACCUCGAGUCGCGCUCAAUUGGCGACGUGGGACGAACGUAUUAAUCAAGCGCGCGCGGCUUGCGCGGCCUGGCAAUUGGAAAGCGAAGAAGCGAAAAGAAAGGCCACCAUCGCUGAGCAACAGAGGGACGAGAGUAUGGAUUCUUUGCAGGCUUUAAUGCAAGUGAAAGCACUCAGGGUUGAAAACGAGGCGUCCAAUGGCGGCCCGUAUCUUCAUUCGGUAAGACGAAUAAGCGAGCUCAGGUCACUAUCAAUAGCCACCUUGAAAUCAAUUCAAGCGCAAUUGCGCUCGGAUCUCGAAGAAGUGGAAAAGGUGCUGUACAGAGAAACGGCGACAAAGUGCAUGGUUUGUGAGGAACAAAAUCGCGCGGUUACUCUAUCGCCCUGUAAUCAUUAUGUGGUCUGCUCGACGUGCGCUCCGAAUCAGCGCGAGUGCCCGUACUGCCAGACACCAGUCGUUUCAACAAGCUAAGCCCAAUUUUUCUUAGUAUCUCGUUAUUGUUACAAUUUCCACUUCUCGUCCGUUAAAAAAGAAAGAGGAAAAGAAAAAGAGGACAGUUUCUGAGAAAAUAUCAUGUGAGUAGUAUCACGACUUUUUGCAAGGACUUAUAUUUUUAAUACUGCGGUACAAUGACAAAAAAAAAAAAA